AUGUCCAAACCCUGGGCUCUGGUCUGCCCGACCUCCCGCGGCAUAGGCCACCACCUCACGCGCGCCCUCCUCCGCCGCACCACCCUGCCCAUCCUGGCGACGUGCCGCUCCGACCCAGACGGGACCAAAUCCGCGCUGCUGGCCGACCUCCCCGGCGAUGAGAGUUCGCUCUCGUCCAGACUGCACAUGGCCCGCAUCGACGUGACGGACGAGGACAGCGUGCGCGCCGCCGCCGAGUCGUGCGCGUCCAAGCACUUCCCCCGGGAGGGGGGCCACCACCUCCGGCUGGCUUUUGCCCUGCCCGGCGUGCUGCGCGUCGACAAGGCCGUCGAGCACGUCGACUACGCCCAGACGCUCGACUCGUUCCGGAUCAACACCCUCGGGCCCUUGAUGCUGAUGAAGCAUUUCGCCCGCUUCCUGCCCCGCGGCCGCUCAGACAUGGGCAGCGAGGGUGGUGACGACAAGGGGGUGCUCCCGAACCACUCGGUAUGGGUCAACAUGUCGGCGCGUGUCGGGUCCGUCCAGGACAACAGGCAAGGAGGCUGGUACACGUACCGUGCCUCCAAGGCCGCCGUCAACAGCCUCACUCGCACCUUCGACUGGCAGCUUCGGAAUCGUGCCGGGCGGGGCGAGGCUGCCUUCGCGGUGGCGUACCACCCGGGGACCGUCAAGACGGAUUUCUCAAAGGAGUUUUGGUCCGGUGCUGAGGCGAGAGGGGACCUGCAGGACCCGGAAAAGGCGGCCGAGAGGAUGCUGGAUGUUAUAUUGGGGCUGAAGCCUGAGCAGAGAGGCAGGAUCUGGGACUGGAAGGGAACAGAGGUGCCGCCAUAG